UACAGAUGCAAAGCUGACAAAAUAAAGAUCAGGAAACCUGGGACAUGCAGGUGACAGACACAAGCCUUUAUCUGUAUGUUUAGUCAUACAGACACCACUGAAACACCAUAUGGAUGUGGAGCUUCAGGAGAACAUCCUCUACUGGAUAAAAUGAGCAUAUUUUAAUUACCCAUGCAGCCUUCCUAUGAGUGAUAAACAGAGCCAGGAAGGAUCUAACUGAACACAGAAUGCUGAUCAAAAUAUAUAAUCAAAGUCGUGGAUCUGCCCUGGUACAAUAAAUAGUCUAGACAGAAUCCUGACUUCAGCAUGCUAUACACGUGGCUUUCAACACUUGCUGGAGGAGCACUGGUACUAUAUGUCUCUCUGAAGAUAUUUUUCCCAUAUUUCUGGGAGGAUCUUCUCUACUUCUUGAGACGGAAGAGGUUAAAAGCAAUAACAAAGAAAAGGGCAAAAAAUGGAAUUCUCUCAAUAAUUCAUCUGUUCAUGCAGAGAGCAGAAAAGAUUCCCCAUAAGCCAUUCAUCAUCUAUGAAGGGAAGGUGCAUACCUACCAAGACGUAGACAAGAGAAGCAACAGGGUGGCCCAGGUCUUCCUCCACCAUGGGGCUCUGAAAAAGGGUGAUACGGUGGCCCUGCUGAUGGGCAAUGAGCCAGACUUCAUCCACGUGUGGUUUGGACUGGCCAAGCUGGGCUGUGUUGUGGCUUUUCUCAACUUCAACGUCCGCUCCAGGUCUCUCCUGCACUGUAUUAAUAAAUGUGCAGCAAAAGCACUUGUGAUAUCAGAAGAUUGUUUUGGAAUGAUAGAGAAGGAGUUUAUUUUCCAUCUCAUGGAAAACAAUGUUACUAUCUGGCUGAUGAGCACCAGUUCUCCUUUCCAGCAUGUUGGUACUAUACUGGACAAACUAGACAAGGUCCCUGAUGACCCUGUUCCAUCUCACCUUAGAUUUGUGACUAACCAAGGAAACACAACUAUGUAUAUCUUCACAUCGGGAAGUACAGGUUUCCCAAAAGCUGCUAUCAUUACUCACCUAAGAAGCCUAUCUGCCUCUUUAGCCUUUACUCAGUGUGGGGCAGUUUGUCAGGAUAUUAUGUAUGUCACUCUUCCUCUGUACCACAUCAGUGCUUCUCUUCUCGGCAUCGGUGGAUGCAUUCAAUUAGGAGCAACUUGUGUUUUGAAGAAGAAAUUUUCAGCAAGCCAGUUUUGGAAUGACUGUAGAAAAUAUAAUGUAACAAUGUUUUUGUAUAUAGGGGAGCUUUGUCGUUACCUUUGUAACCAGCCCAGUAAAGAAGGGGACAGGGUUCACCAAGUGCGCAUAGCUCUAGGAAAUGGCAUAAGACCUGCUAUCUGGAAAGAAUUCCUGAUGAGGUUUGGCCCAAUUAAAAUGUUUGAAUUCUAUGGAUCCACAGAAGGAAAUUCUUUUUUCUUAAAUUAUACAAAUAAAAUUGGAGCUGUGGGCCGUGCUGGCAUCUUUUCAAAGUUCCUAUAUUCUUUUGAAUUGUUGAAAUAUGAUGUCUGGAAACAGGAACUUAUGAAGGAUGAACAUGGAAGGUGUAAGAAAGCACCCAUAGGUGAACCUGGCCUUCUGGUUGUCCGGGUGACACAGGAAACCCCAUUUUCUGGAUAUGCUGGAAAUAAAGAAAUCUCAGAGAAGAAACUCCUGCGUAAUGUGUUUGUGAAAGGAGAUGUGUACUUUGACACAGGAGAUCUCCUGGUGAUGGACCAGAAUGGCUUCCUUUACUUCAGUGACAGGGUGGGAGAUACUUUCAGAUGGAAAGGAGAAAAUGUUGCCACUGUAGAAGUCUCUGAGAUCAUUGAGAUGAUGGAUUUCGUUCAAGAAGUCAAUGUUUAUGGUGUAAGCGUAAAAAAUUACGAAGGAAGAAUAGGGAUGGCAGCUAUUGUACUUAAGCCUGACCAACCCUUUGAUGGAGAAAGACUUUACAAGCAUGUUGUGGACUUCCUUCCAAGUUAUGCCCAACCACGCUUUGUGAGAAUCAUGGAAAAAAGCUAUGAGGAGCUCCACUGCCUACGCGAUCUAUCAUCGAGCUGUUUAAACUUGAUUGAAUUUAUAUGUUCUCUGAGAAAAGCUUUUUUUAGCUAAUCGAAGGAAGCUAUCUAGCUAAAUCAUCUUUGAUGCUGUUGUUGAAAAGUAAGAUAUUGCCAGUAAUAAUUAAUGGAUAUCUAAAUAUCCAUAAAAUCUCAGUAAAAGAGAUAAAACCAAUUUUAUAAUAAAAUCAAAAAGAUUUAAAAAAUUACUUUAAAAAGCAUCCUAGUGGAGGAUAAUAGAAAAUUUCUAAAGGAAGAGCGAAAAUUUUCUGAGUGGAGCUGGUCAGAAAAUAAAGUCCCUUUUCUGGGGGGAAAAAAAAAGAGGAACGGUUCAUCCUAAUCAAGAGUGAGAAAUAAAAACACAAAAUUCCCAUGCAAAAUUGGAUUUCAAAUAAAACCUGUCCUAAAAAUUUUUCAGCUGUCCAUACACAGGCUCCUUCUAAUUUGGCUUGCAGACCUGGUCAAUUUUGUGAAAAACGGAGCAAACGAGAGCAUGAACUGUUUUUCUCAAACUCUCUGACUCUAAAAAUGAAGCUGAGGCCCAGAGAGAGCCAUGCAGAGAAUUAGGAUACUUGGAGGUAGCAGAUUAUUUCUAGACUUUUGCUAACUUCAUUUUCUAUGUGGAGGAAGAAAUUACAAAGAGGUUUCUGAGAGCAUCCAGGGAGUUAUUCCAGUUUUGUGUUUUUGUUCUGUUCCGCCCUCCUUCCCCCAACAGUAUUUCUCUGUGUAAAACUCCGACUUUCUACAAAUAGCAUCAGGGGAUCAUUUCAUUAGAAAAAUUCAGCAAUCUCUAUUCACAAUAUAUGUUUGAAAAUACUUAAUACCUAUUUUUAUUAAACUUUUCAUCUUAAUCAUUGCAACUUUUAAAAUAACCACCAAGAAAAGAUGUUGGCUACUCAAUUUGAAGCAAGCCCAGUUGGUAACGAUUGAAUCCUAUUACCAUCUGGCAGCUAUUCAGUGCUUGUGUGAAAUGACUUGGUGGUCUAAGUGUGGUUCCUAUCAUAAGUGCUGCCAAAAACAGUGAAUUAACUGGCAAACUUACUAGCAGUCUCAGCUUGAAAGCCAAAGAUUAAAUGAUCUGAGACUUCUGACUAUAGAGUGGCAGGGGGAAGAGGAAAUUAGUUAUAUCACGGAUCAAGAGGAAAAACAAACAGGACCUGAAAAGUUGCCUGUUUCAGUUUGAAAAGAAAAUUAAAAUUUUGGCUACAUUGAAAACAAUGUACAAGUAAAAAUAAUGCUUAAGAAUAAGGCUUCUUUAACUUUUCCCGUAAUAAGAGCCACAUUUUAAUAGAUUAAUUUAUAUAUCGCUUCCGCUCUUGAACACUGACUAUCGUGUGCAGACCAACUUGCUCUUGAACUGGCAAUUGUAGAACUUCGGUCCAGCAACUGCAGCAACUGCUUAUACAGAGAAAUAACACAGGAAGGUAUUUAACAUAUUUGUAUUUAAUGUCUUAAAUGCAAUUUAGCAGCUGGAAACCAGAGAAAGGCCAGCACCAUAAAAUCAGCCAGCUCUCUGCAGACCACCACCAAGUGUUCCAUAAACUACAGAUUUUGUGAUCAACUGCAUUAAUGAAAGUUUAAAAAAUGCUUAUUUUAAAACAGAAACUUGUGAACUUGAAUGUGGCUUUGAUACAGAAUAUGAAAUAAAAGCUGCCUUUAGAUUUAGGUUUCACCGCAUCUGUGAAUCAGAUCAUUCUUUCUAACUCAAGCCAUUCUACAGCAAAACUGUACAAUCUAUUUUCUUCAGUAAUUGUAUUUUUUUUCAGUGAUAUAAGCAGAAAUGGAAUGUUGGACUUUACUCAAAUUG